AUGUCUGAGCAACAGGCAACCGAAUCGAAGCCCACCGAGGCACCUGCUGCCGGUGCGGCACCUGCGGCCGGCGAGGAGGGACCAUCCAAGAGCGCCCUGAAGAAGGCAGCGGCAGCAGCCAAGAAGGCCGAGGCAAAGGCAAAGAAGGCGGCCGAGGUCGCCAUGCGAGAGGCCCAAGCCAAGGCUGCAGCGGGCGGCGGCGAGGACCUGGCCAAGGACAACUACGGCGCUGCGGCACCCGCAGAGCGAUUGACCAGCCCCGAGAUCACACUGCCGGAGCUGGGCGAGGCUCAGGUCGACAAGACCGUGCACCUCUUUGCGUUUAUGCAGAACUCGCGCAUGCAAGGCGCCAAGAUGGCGUUUGUGGAACUGCGCGAGAAGGGCACGUGGGCGAUCCAGGGUAUUGUUGCGGCGUCGGCAGAGGGCAAGCCCGUCAGCAAGCAGAUGGUCAAGUGGGUCGGUUCCUUGUCGGUCGAGGCCUGGGUACUCGUCGAGGGUGUGGUCAAGAAGGCGCCUGAGCCGGUCAAGAGCGUCCGGGUCAGCGGGUACGAGCUGCACAUCUCGCGCUUCUACUGCAUCAGCCCCGGCCCGCAGCAGUUGGGUCUGACCCUGGCGGCCGCCAACAAUGGCUUCUCGAACGAGGAUGCCGCCCCCGAGGAGGGCCCUGUCGUCACGGCAAGCUUGAACACCCACCUGGACUACUUUGUCAUCAGCAAGCGGUCGGCUGUGCGUAGCGCAGUUGCCGACGUACGAGAGACGACCAAGGAGCUGUUCCGAUCGUAUCUAAAGGAGCGCGGCUUCCACGAGUUUGAGAGCCCUUGUAUUAUCGAGGCUGCCAGUGAGGGCGGUGCCAACGUCUUCUCGGCCGACUACUUUGACAAGAAGGUGUUCCUAGCACAGUCGCCCCAGUUCUACAAGCAGUACGAGAUCGCAGGUGGCAGGCAGCGUGUUUUCUGUAUCGGACCUGUGUUCAGGGCGGAGAACAGCAACACCCCCAGGCACAUGACGGAAUUCACCGGUCUUGAUAUGGAAAUGGUUAUCAAGUGGCACUACCACGAGGUGCGCGACAUGCUCGAGGGCGUAUUCCUGCACAUCUUCCGCGAGCUGAAGAAGCAGUGUGCCGAGCAAAUCGAAACUGUCCGGUCCGUUUUCCCGGCCGAGGACUUUGCCCUGCCGGAGCCGGGCAAAGAGGUGCGCCUCACAUUUGCUGAGGGUCAGAAGCUGUUGCGCGAGGAGGGACCGGAGGAGUUCCGCAACGUUAGCGACUUCGAGGACAUGAGCACACCACAGGAGAAGGCUCUUGGCGAGAUCAUCCGCCGCAAGUUUGGCACCGACUUUUACGUGCUCGACAAGUUCCCCGAGAGCGCCAGGCCGUUUUACACCUGCGAGGACCCAGAGAACCGCGAGCUGACCAACGCGUACGACUUUUUCAUGCGUGGACAGGAGAUCAUGUCCGGCGGACAGCGUAUCCACAAGCCAGAGGAGAUCGAGGCGCGCAUGAGGAGGAAGGGUCUCGACCCCAACUCCAAGGGCCUGAAGGGCUACGUCAACACAUUCCGCCAGGCUGGUGUGCCGCCGCACGGUGGUGGUGGUAUUGGUCUCGACCGUGUGGUGCAGUUCUUCCUCAACCUUUCCACCGUACAGUACGCCGCCUUUUACCCAAGGACACCGAACCGGGUGCGCGAUGGGGUUUCGGAGGACGAGCCCGCUCCGGCUCCGGCGGUCGAGUCUUGA